AAGCGUCACGGUUUCGUAAGUACUAUUAAAUCCCGAAAAAGACAAAGAAGAGCCACCCGUUACACAAAAACUGGGUAGCGGAGGUGUAACACUUUCAAAGAUGAAGCUUUGCUGUCGGUGUGUAACGUUCAGCUGCUUUCUUUACCAUUCCCACUCGAUCCUUCCAUGAAGCACGCCGGGAGCAUGGGAGAUGACGGAGUCGCGGCCCGGCUGUGCAGCAUUAAGACUUUGCUGGGCUUGGUGGCCGGGGCCGGAGCGUCAUAUGGGAUAUACAAACUCAUGUGGGGAUCCGGCGACAAAGCAGUUAUGGCUCCCCAGCAGGAGAGAAGUAGGGAAAGCGGCGUGAGGGGAGCCGAGGUGCCCGAGCAGGGGCCGUCUGAGCGAGAUCCGGCCGGCAGUGCGAUGCUGCAGCCGGGGUCGCUGCUGGCGAAGGUGUCCGGCCUGGCACUGCUUAAUGGGAGCGAUCGAGGUGAGCUGUCCACAUCUUCUGGUCCCCUGGAGCCACAUCACAUAAAGAAGCUGCUGUCACUCCUCCAGAUGGAUGCCUGUGCUUCUGACAGAACCCAAGUCUUAGUGACGUUAGGAAAUGCUGCUGCCUUUUCCGUGAACCAGGAUCUUAUUCGAGAAUUGGACGGGCUUCACAUCAUUGCCGGCUUGUUGUCUGACCCAUCGCCUGAAAUCCGAGUUCAGACUUUGAAUGUGCUGAACAAUCUGAGCAUGAAUGUCAGAAAUCAAGAGCAUUUGAAGGUGUCCGUGUCCCACGUUUUGGAUCUGAUUGAAAUGUCACCAGUGAACUCUGAACUUCAGUUGGCCUGCUUAAGAUUACUGACCAAUCUGUCUGUCACAAACUGCCACCAACAUCUGAUGAGAAACUCAGUUACUCUCUUUUUAUCACUACUGGUUGUGAGCAAUGAAUCAUUACAGACUCAGGUUUCAAAAGUGCUUGUGAAUUUAUCUGCCAAUCCAGAUUUGAUAGAGGACAUUAUGCAAGCCCAGGCCCCAGCCUCCCUGGUGUUGCUCUUUGACAGCAGCACACACCCCGGCGUCCUGCUGCGCCUGCUCACCUUUGUGAGGAACCUCAAGGGUUGGCGCUUUUUGGACCAGGCUGUAGCUUCUCAUCGUGGGAAGGACUCUGUGUAUCACAUACUGCUGGCUGAGGGCUCCCCUCUCCAGGCCAGGCUGCCACCACUCCUGACGCAUCCUGAUGCGGAGAUCAAGGCCCAAGUGGCCUGUCUCCUCACCUAGAACCCCGUUCCUACCCCACCUCACCGUCCUGUGCCUCCUGCCUAUGCAGUCAUGUAAACUAAUGGUUCUGGGUGCAUUUCCAUGUCUUUCGACCCACUGCAUCGUGAAUGUGUUUGAUCUUGAGAGGCAGCCUCUCCGUUAUCUCUAUGUGAGAAGGACUCUGGAGACCUUGGACAUUUUUGUUCUGAAUCUCACCGCACUUAUUGAUGUAAAACCUAUGAACAGAAUGGUGGAAUGUAAAUCAUAACCCAGAUUCACAUUGUCUAAAUAAGGGGAGCUAUUAAUCUCCCUCAAAUGUUGCUUAACAUGUCGGUAACGUGAAAAGGUGUUUCUGUUAUUUAAGUUAGUGUUAAAAUCAGAACAUGGGGGAAUGUUGGAUUUAGUUUCAAAAAGAUGUUAUUUGGUUAAAUCAUAGACUCUGCUUACUAUGUACAGGAACUCUUUCUGAAACAUCUAAUUUUAUUCCAAAGCAAGCAGUGAUGUCUGUAGUUUACUAACUGUAUCCUGAUGUCUGCUGCUGGGAGCUGUUCCAGCAAACAUAAUCAAGUCAUCUGCUUGUUCACCCAUUCAACUACCUCCCAUACUGCUUAAGCCGUACUGCAGGGGUGUGGAACCUGCUCCUUGGAGGGCCGAUGUGGGUUUUUGGGAUGACCUCACCAACCCUCCAUGGACCAGGACUGAAAGCUGUAGUAAGAAGCAGAACAUCCUGGACAGGAUGCCAGUCCACCACAGGACCCAAACAACAAAUGCAUUGUUUGUGUCGCUGCAAAUGCUCUGUUAAUCAGCAUCUGUAUUGUCACAUUCAAGCUUUUUUAGUUUUGCACACUUUGUUUCAUAUAUCAAAUUCAAAUUAAUGUUGUAAUUAUUACUUUUCAUGGAAUUGUCAGCUGUUUGCCCUGCCAGCCUAUGUGCAGAGUUGGGUAAUUCAGGCCUAGAGAGUAUAAGUCCAGACCAGGAUUUUAUUUCAACCAACCAGUUGAUUACUCUGUAACUGUGACUCUUUAUGCUCAACUGGUUCGUUGAAACAAAAUCUUGGUCUGGACUUUUACUCUCUGGACCUGAAUUACCCAACUCUGCCUAUGUAUUUGCAGUGUACCUAUUUAGUACCUGGUUUAAGGGUCAACUAAUGAGAACAGUGUAAACUGUUUAAGCCCCAGAUUACCCUAAAGUCCCACUGGUUUCCUGUGGUGUAUUUUCUCCUUUCCUAAUUGAUUCAUGGAACAAAGGGCAGGAACUGGCAGUUGGGAGUGACUGGUUCAGGGUGAUACCUGUUUUGUCUGUUUUGUAUGUUGGAAACAUAAUAAAACAAGUUGCACAUAUUUA